AGAAAGAAAUAAAUAAAUGGGCUUGAAGUUUUGUUGAAGUACAGAAAAUGUAAAAAAAGAAAAAAGAAAAAACCAAGCUAACCCAAAACUAAAGGCGGCAAAGUAAACGCAACUUCCUUCUCAAAGUUCUCUUCUCUCAGAGUCAGAAAAGAAACACUAUACUGUACUGUCAAAUUUGCACAGUCAAAUUUGCACAAAAUUGCAUACCAGGAUGGAGCAUGAAUCAAUUAAAGUCGCACAUGAAAAAGAUGAAGACAGAACAAGGGAUGAACCAAUUGAAUCCUCUAAUUCUAAGGUUUCUGGGGAAGAUGCUUCUAAAGUGGUGCCAAAGUCUCCAACAAAUGAUGUGCAUGAUAAUGUGAUUGCAUGGAAAGGUGAGGGAAGAGAUGGUGAAACUUCGGAAUAUAUGGAAACCUCUGGAGAAGCAAACAUGGAGGUUUCUCUAACAACUGACGAUGUUAUUCGAGCUGGGGGCUUUGGAGCUAGGGAUGAUAUUGGUAGUUUUCUUCCUGUUGCAAGUGAUUCAACCGACUUUGAAGCUUCAAUUCGUGAUGCCAGAGACUAUGAAGAACCUCAGGGAGACAUUCACAGACCAGGUCUUGGCUGGAGAGAAGCAUCAGAAAGGGAGAAGCUCUAGUUUCUUUACUACAUAAGUGGGUUGUUGGUUCAAAAUUCUGGUAUUUUCUUUCUUGCGUCAUCUUUUCAUUUUCACGCAAUAGACUCAGAUGUUUGGAUUUUGCCUUUUAGGGAGUUGUUUAUGAUAGCAUUAUCCCAUAUCUUGAAGGAAGGGAGGAUGCCACUCCUUAUGCAUGAAUUAUAUCAGGACAAUAUGUAUGACUCUUUAUAACAUGCUUAAAAUGCCCUUUGUGAGGCUACGUUAUAAGUUCUUUGUACAAGGCAAUUUUGUGAUUGCUGAACAUUUCUAUUUAUAAACAAAAUUGUCUAAUAA